AUGAGAGCAUUAGUAGCUAAAAACAAAGAAGGAUUUGUGAAUGGUGGAAUAAUGAAAUCUGCGGUAAAUCACAAAGAUUAUCCUAAGUGGAAACGUGCUGAUUUCAUGGUAGUUAGUUGGAUUUUGAGUUCUAUGAACAAUGACCUAGCUGAUGACUUUGGUUACAUUGAUAAUGCUGUGGAGUUGUGGAAAGAAUUAAACGAAAGGUUUAGACAGUCUAAUGGACCAUUGAUUUAUCAAUUGAAGAAGGAAAUUGAUUGUUUAAAUCAGGAGAAUAUGACUAUUGUUACCUAUUAUGGUAAGCUGAAGAAAUUAUGGGAUGGAAUGCAAAGUUUGAGAGCUUUUCCUACAUGCACUUGUGGUGCUUUGAAGAUCUGUAGUUGCCAAAUUUUGAAAAAGAUGGCUGAAUUUGAAGAAGAAGAAGACAAGAUGAUAAAGUUUCUGCUAGGAUUAAAUGGAGGAUUUGAAGGAACUGUGACAAAUGUGUUGUAUAUGGAUCCUUUACCAAGUAUAAACAGAGUAUUUUCUAUAACUCAGCAGAUAGAGAAGCAGAAAGAAGUCAAUGGUGCAGAAAUUGAGAAGUUUACUGGUGGAAGGAAAGAUUGGAAAGAAAUAAAGAAAGAAAAGAUGUACAAGGUUUGUACACAUUGCAAAGGGAAAGGGCACACUGUAGAUCAAUGUUUCAAGCUCAUAGGACUUGUUGCUAAUGUGAAUCCUGCUUCUGAUAUUGGAGAUAAUCCUCUUGAUGAACCUUUGCAUGGUUCUGGAACUGUAAGCAAUGAAAUCUUGAGUGCUAUUUGCCAAGAGGUCAUGAAAGCAAUGAAGGGCAAGCAAAUACAGAAUGGUGAUGCUGCUGGAACAUCUAAUUCUUAUGCAAACUAUGCAGGUAUCAUCUCUCAUUCUUUUAACUGUACUGUGAAUACUUUGCUGAAUGAAUGCUUAUGGAUUGUGGAUUCUGGAGCUUGUAAUCAUAUGACAUAUGAUGAGAAUAUUUUGAUAAACAAAAGAACACUCCAAAAGAUAAUUAGAGUUGGUUUGCCCGAUGGAACUCAAAUGAAUGUUGACACUAUAGGUGAUGUUAUCCUUAGUGAUAAGCUGAUGUUGUCCAAUGACCCUUCUAGUUCAGUGUUGCUGUAA